AUGAAGUGCGACAGUGACAUGAAUGACCCUUCGAAAGACGACCUUGAAGAUACACAAAACCAAGUCAAUGAUAUUCUCCCAUGUGGUAAACAUAUGAAACAUUUAAAAAAGCUCAAAAUAAAUAGCGUUUCGACAGGAGUAGAUUCUACAAGAAGUUCAGCAAAGUCGACUUCAAAUCUGAUCAAUUUGGGAGAAGCUAUUCAGUAUGCCCCUUGUAGUGUGACCAAGAAACAUAGCCAGAGGGACGAUGUAGUGGAGACACUAACCAGCACAGAGGGAGGAGGAGAAGAGGGAGAUCAUUCUAAAGAAAUGAACGAAAAGGUUAAUUACAAAUUAAGCGUAGUCAGCUUGGGCGAGAACCACGUUCUUCAUGGGGAUAAUCUCCAUGCGGAUAAUCAUCAUGUGGAUGAUAAUGAAGGCCAACCCAGCAGUUGUAGACACCCAAUUUGUGAGACAAACAUAUGGGGCAAGAACCUCACAAAUGAUUUUCCCCCUACCAGUGAUGCUUCGUAUAAAACAAAGAAAGACAAACUCCUUUUUAAGAACCCCCAGAAGAUAGCUCCUUCCCACAUGGAAGAAAAUGACAUCCACAUAAAGGGGGAUGACAACAUAUUACCAUGUGAAUAUAAUUUGGAACAUUUUGGAGUAAAUUUUUACGGGGCCAUGGAGGCCAACCUUUGUGGGCAGUAUGGAGGGGAUAUGCUCUUGGAGGAGGUAGCAGUGGAGGUGGAGAGGGGGGAAGACAAAAGUAACGACGUUUUUGAAUUAAAGAAGCAGCGCAAUUUUACUGAAAAUAAAAGUGACACUUGGCAACAGGACAAACUAACUAAAUGGGGUGAUAAGCAGGAAGUAGAAGACAACCAAAUUGGGGGCUGUGCAGGGGGAGUAAAUCGGGUUGGAAGCAGCAGGGGGGUUAACCCAGACUGGGGCAUAACAUAUGAACAACAUGGAUUAGCACAGAUGACACUCCCUCCCCAUUCCACAGCUGCAGAUUUGCUCACCUCAUUUUUUCCUCCACCCGGGAGGUCCCAUCUGCUAGGGAGCCAAGUAGCCACCGCAGCACGCACCACUGCACACACCACUGCACACACCACUGCGCACAACCAUGUGGGCAAGUUCGAGGCUUCCCUCAGGGACGAAAUCCUUCAGCAGGAGUUCAACCAAAACUACUAUUACGACUUAAGGCACAACAAAAUGUGGGUGCACGGCGAGGAUACAGGAGGAAAGGUUUUGGGCAUAUUCGAAGGGGAGGAACCCUCGCUACAUAAGGAAGAAGCUACACACGGGACGACUACACUUGGGAAAACUACACCCGUGGCAGCUCCCAUUGGAACAAGUAACAACCAUGGGCUUUCACUCCCAUUUGACAUUUUCCCAAAUGAGCGGCAAGUAGCGGAUGGUUUUCACGGAGAAGGGGGCACAAACCCCAAGUCGGAAAACCAAAACAUAAAAAUGGUGGAAGACCCCUUUUUGAAAAUGGCGCAAGACGCGCUGUUCACCAAGGGGAUACAAGAUUACCCCGUUGUGGAUGGUCGCGCUCUCCCCUCAUUUUAUUCUCACCAUGGAAAACCACCUGUUCAGGGGAAGGAAGCACCCCAAAUAGGAACCUUUACCGAGGGCACGGAAACUUACAUGCAGUAUAUGUUAGGAGAAAAUUUUAUUUUGGACCAACUGGGGGCAUAUCGCAAGGAGGAAGAAAAGACAACAGGCCGAAAUGACAACAGAGAGAACCAUUCGGUGUCACCAAAUUGCAUCCCGUUCGAAAGGCACUCGAGAAAGAAUUACAAAGAAGAAGAUAGCGCUUUGCACAUUGGCGACAACUGGCGAAACGUUGAAAUGGGGAAUAAAACAAAUUUGAUGCAUCUGAUGAUGGAGAAAAAGGAAACGCUCCACUUGAAGAGAAAUCGUUUUGAGGUAUCUCCGUGCGAAAUGCAAGAGGUGGACUUAACCAGUUCGUGUAAUGUUAAGGGGGAAAAGGGUGAACAAGUUGCUCAUUCGUACCAUUUCGCCUACCCAAUAUCGGCACCCUACGAUGUGCACCAACGACACGUGUAUGGAGACCAUAACUUGGAACUAACCAAUCAGCCCCAAAUCUACGACUUCUGUGGUAGCUUUUUUCUCAAGUAUGCUAUGGAACAGGGGAAAAGGGAAAAAAACAAAAAUGCAGCGCUUCACGAUGAUGGGUUCGGAAGUUCUUCACAUCAUGUGUUGCCGCAGAACUGCGAUAAUCAAACAGAAGAGGACGUCAUUCUCAGUAAGAGGCUCUCCAAAUCAUUUGCCAAAUACACAUUAAUCGUCAACGUACCCUCGAACACCACAAGAAAGGACCUACUCUCCGUCUUUAGCAAGUUCGGGAAUGUAGACUUAACCAUGGUGGUGUGUGAUAAGAAAUCAAGGCACCCCAACAAGGAAUGGACAGCUACAUCGGGGUAUGCUUUUGUUCGAUUUUCAACGAAUCUGGAAGCUCAAAGGACUUUGAAUGCUGCAUGUGCAGGUGGAAUUCGCAUUAGAGGAAGCAGAGUUAGGGCUACUUGGGCAAAAAAAGAUUCCUAUUCAAAAAGAGAAAAAGAAAUAACCUUUAAAAUACCCUCAUCCAUACUUCUAAUCAACAUAGAAGAAUUAAUUUGCUCCAUAUGUAAAAUAAAUUUGUCUUAUGAACCUAUAUUAUUUCCAUGUUGUUAUGCUUCCUGUUGCUCCGACUGCUUAAGGGGAUACCUUGUCCUCCACGCAGGUAGGGAAAACAUACAAUGCCCUAGCUGCUCCUUGUACUUGCCAGGAGAUGGACUAAUCAAAAUUGAUGAACACUCCAGUGGAGUUAUGGGCCUAUUAUACAAAAUUCAUUCCAGCGUUAAAAUUAAGUGCCAAAAUGAAAAUUGCAAAUGGGUUGGUUUCCAGCACCAAUACGUCAACCAUUUGUUUUGCUGCAAGUUUGGUCUCUCCUAG